CUCAGCGCGGGCGGGGAAAGCUGCCGUUGCCAGGCAACGCCGCAGCGGGCGGGGGAGCGGCCUGGUCGGACCCGAAGCGGAGCAGGUCUUUCUUCAGUGAGACUCAGCAGUAACCUUUAAUGAUGGGAGACGUCCUCGCUUAUGAAGCCGAGUUACUUGGACUGGUGAAAGAGUAUUUAGACUUUGCAGAGUUUGAAGACACAGUGAAAAUGUUUACAAAGGAAUGUAAAAUAAAAGGGAAGCCAUUACCUAAAACAGCAGGUGGUUCCUUGAGAGAUUCAAAAGCUUUGAUUAUCCAGAAGGAUCUGCUUACAGCAUUUGAAGAUGGAGAUCAGAAAGUUUUCUUUGAACUUUGGGAGGAGCAUAUUUCCUCUACUCUCCGAGACAAUGAACCUCUUGCCCAGAAGCUGGAGUUUUAUCUUCACAUCCACUUCGCCAUCUACCUCUUGAAGCACUCUGUGGGCAAGCCUGGCAAAGCUGACUUUGAUGAAAGGAUUUCUCACUUUAAAACAUACCUGGAGACUAAAGGGGCUGCACUGAGCCAGACCACAGAAUUCCUCCCCUUCUAUGCUUUGCCUUUUGUUCCCAACCCCAUGGUCCACCCAUCCUUUAAAGAACUUUUUCAGGUAAAUAUUUGUUUUGCACAGAUUUUUUGUUGUUAUGACAGCUCCAACUUCAAAAUAACCCUUCCGUUAGAAGAUGUUUUACCUCUUGUAGUUUCAAAAAUGUUGCAGCAGCUUCAUCAGCAGCUCGUGGAGGCCGAGCGCAGGAGCAUGACCUACCUGAAACGCUUUAAUAAAAUCCAGGUGGACUAUCACAAUCUCAUCGGGGUCACUGCUGAGCUGGUGGAUUCCCUCGAGGCCACGGUCAAUGGCAAGAUGAUCACACCAGAAUAUCUUCAAAGUGUCUGUGUUCGUUUGUUUAGCAAUCAGAUGAGACAAAGUAUAGCACAUAGUAUUGACUUCACAAGGCCUGGAACUGCAUCAACAAUGUUAAGAGCAUCUUUAGCCCCUGUGAAAAUGCAGGAAGUGCCAUUGUUACCUUCUUUGGAUUAUGAGAAGUUGAAGAAAGAUCUGAUCAGCGGGAGUGAUCGUCUUAAAGCUUUCUUACUGCAGGCUCUGCGCUGGCGCUUGACGACGUCUCAUCCCGGUGAGCAGAGAGACACCGUCCUGCAGGGUUAUAUCAGCAAUGACCUACUGGAUAUCCACAACAGUAGCCAGCGAAAUGUGCUAAAAUUGCUACAUUCCAAGAGUGAGGUGGUCCGACAAUACGUGGCGAGGCUUAUCAAUGCUUUUGCUUCGCUGGCAGAAGGUCGGCUCUACCUUUCCCAGAACCCAAAGUUACUGCGAGUGCUGGAGGAAAGGCUGAAAGCUGAAGACAAGGAUUCCCUUACACGGGAGAACGUUCUGGGGGCUUUGCAGAAAUUCAGCCUCAGACGUGCCUUGCAGACGGCUAUGAUCAAUGACGGGCUCAUUUUCUGGCUGGUUGAUGUGCUAAAGGAUACGGAUUGCCUGUCAGAUUACACGCUGGAAUAUUCUGUCGCCUUGCUCAUGAAUCUUUGUCUCAGGAGUUCAGGGAAGAAAAUGUGUGCGAAAGUUGCGAACCACGUGCUCAAAGUUCUCUCUGAUCUCCUUGGCCAUGAGAACCAUGAGAUACAGCCAUAUGUGAAUGGAGCGCUGUACAGCAUUCUUGCUAUCCCUUCCAUACGAGAAGAAGCCAGAGCAAUGGGAAUGGAAGAAAUUCUGCGGUGCUUCAUCAAGGAAGGAAACGCCGAGAUGAUCCGGCAAAUUGAAUUCAUUAUCAAGCAACUCAAUUCAGAAGAGCCAUUGGAUGAUAGUGUGGAGUCUGAUGAUGAAGAGGAGGAUGAAGAUGAUGAAGAGGACCAUGAUACAAUGGAGGCUGAUCUGGACAAAGAUGAGGUGUUACAGCCUCAGCUGGGAGAGCUAUCAGGAGAGAAGCUGCUGACAACAGAGUAUUUGGGAAUAAUGACCCAUACACCAAAAGUGAAGAAGAAGCUGUUUCCUGGUGUCCAUCAGAGCAUAGAUGAGCCUCUCCAGAGACCAGUCACCCCGGGCUAUCACAGAGCUGCAUACCCAACGCCAGAAAAUGAUGCCAUUUCUUCCCAUGGCAGGGACAGCAAAUUCCAGUCUAUGCAUAACUGUCGUCCUCCCACUCGUAGUAGCAGCAGGUCCAGCACUUCCGACUUUUGUAUUUCCUCUGCAGCAAUUGAAACAGACUCAUCUAAGGUAUUCUCAGCGGAUCAACACGUCCCAGCAGUUACUGAAGUCCUGUCUGCCCGAUCCACUGAUUUUGUCCAGGACAAAGUAAAUGGGCAAUCAUACAGGAGCCGGGGCCAUUGGGAGCAUGACAGAGAUCGAGUCCUUGAGUUAUCCAUUGAGUACUUCUGUGGAAAAAUCUGCAGGGCACGAAUUGGGCUCCUCAGCCACUUAAAAACCCACCAAUGAACCCCCUUGGCAGACGACAUCCUCGCAUCGAGGGAUAGCCAAAGACAGCAGCAGGGCAAGUUCUUCCAUCAGUGUGCUCCAUCCCUAACCCAAAGAGAUCACUACUGCUUGGCCUCUCCGCAAGGGUUUGUCAUGGAACUGCAACUGUGAUGCUGUUGGGUUGGGGAUCUUUGUCUAUUAGGAACUGGACCCCG